GUUUAAUAUUGGACAAAUCUAUAAAGUGCUCGCAAUAUAGAUUAAGUGAAAGCCGAAAGUAACAGUUAAAGCCGAAAAUCAAGUUGUUUCUAUUGUCUUGCAUUGCAACGUUACAAUUUUGUCUCUUUGGAACUUUCGCUCUUUGCGGCCACCCACGCGUCGGAGGUCCGUGUAAAAAAAGCUCGCAUGCCCACUGCAAAUGUAGUUGUGCGCGGUUAGGCUGUCGUGUACUUGUUAGCAUUCAGUUGAAUCCCAACGAGCGACGGAACAACAUCUCGUGUGUUGUGCACACGCGCUCAAGGCGCGUUUUUUGAAGUGAAAUUUCAGUUCGGUUGAGUUGAUUUCUGUUUUUGGGUCUAAUUGAAAAGCGUUUCUACAAACGGGAAUUAAUUGAAAAGCCAAUGUACCUGCAUGCUAAUCAACAAUUGCAACAGUUUUGUGGCCAGGCCAAGCGUAAGUCAGCAUAACAACUGUGAAUCCUUGGCGCAGCAGUUUCUAGUUGGCGGUGCUCUAUGAAGACAAUGUUUCAAUAGAGAUGGCCAAACUUUCACGACGUGCUCCGUCGUCUGCAGCAACGCCGUCAACAGCAACAGCAGCAACAACAACAACAACAGGCCCAACUGGCACAACAACAACAAGAACAACAGCAACUAGUCAUGCCCGCGGCUCAGGCCAGCCACAACAACUGCAACGCAUCACGCGUGCAUCCAAGAACAAUAACCCUCAACUGGCUGCCUUUGUUGAUCCAGACGCAAAUGUUGGUGUACACGAACCGUUCUCAGCAUCACCGGCACCGCCGGCGUACUCCAAUCAGAACAGCAACACUGCCGCCACCAGCUCCUCCUCCUCCUCCUCCUCGACAAGUGCAACACGCAAGCCCGCUCCAGCCACACCUAAGCCCUAUUUGCCGCUACUGCCGCCCGGCGAGCGCAAUCUGACCGAUGCAGAAAAUGCCGCCGAACGGGCGCGCAUACGUGAGGAAUUCUUUGCCACCUACGACGUGAUGACGGGUGUGCGCAUUGCGGCCACGCUGGGCGGUUUCUUUGGUCUGAUGGUGUUCCUCAUCGUGUGGAAGAGCCGCAGCAGUAGCAAUGAGACGCUCAAGGUGCUUAAAGAUCCCAAAAUGGCAGCGGUGGCCGCUGUUUGCAUGCAGGAGGAGGAGGAGCGUGAACUGCAGGAGGCAAUUGUUGCCACGGGCAUGUCCAUCUACCCGGACGAGUAUGAUGCACUGGUAUAUAGACGCCAGCGCAUGCUCUCCCUGGGCAAUGUAAGCGCGCCACCGCUGCUCAAUCGCGGCUAUCGCUGCGCAUCCGUGGGUGGCGUUGGUGUGCCCGGCCCGGUGGGCUAUAGCUAUUUGCUGGAGCCACCGCGUCGCUUUUCCUACUCGGCCAUGUCGCCCGGCGGCGGUGCUGCUGGUGCGCACGGACGCCGCAAAAGCGGCUCAGAAUCUUCGCGCAUCUUUAGUAAUUAUCCAAUGGGCGGCAGCUUUGGCACUGACGAUUACUUUAUGGAAACCGAGGACGAACUGGAGCACGAGGAGUAUAUGCAGCGUGACGCACAGAACGACGAACAGGAGCAGCUGCACAAACGCACAGAUUCCACACGCAGCAAACAGGGGUUUCUGUCCGUGCCGAUGGCGGGUCAGGAUUCGCGUCGCAGCAGCGCGAUGACUUGCUGCAGCACGGAUAGCUCCUACCUGGAGCGUCGCACCUCGGCCUAUACGCUGGGCAUGAGCAAUCUGCCGCCGACGCUGCAGCGCAAAUUGUCGACGGCGUCGCGCACAUCGAGCAUAGAGAACUGGGACUACUAUUAUCCGGACAUACAGGUGAUACAGCCGACGCCGAAGGCCUCGCCGUGUCCAUCGGAGCGCAGCAUACAUGAGCCCGCCACGCACAAUCAGGCGCACGCGAAGAGCACACCACUUGGUUUAAGCGCGCCCAGCAUUAAGCGCAAGCACAGCAUUGUCUCGUAUGAUCCGGAGAGCGCACAGGCCGGACGCAAGCAGCAGAUUCACUCGAUCAGCGCGGACACGGUGGACGUGUAUCCCUAUAAUCAGAGCACGCUGUCGGAAAGCGUGGACCUGGCUCUGCCGCUGGCCAAGCCGCUGCAAUCGGCGCCGCCCGCCAGUCGGCACCAGCAGCAGGCCUUUCAUUUCUGCGACUCGCCCUCGGAGGAGCUGCGUCUGGGCGUGCGUCGCAAGCUGACGUUGGUCGAGCUGCAGCGGAACGUGGAGAGCAACAACAACAGCUACCCGUACACGCCUAAUGCGGCUGCACCGGGCAAUGCCACCUCCAGCAGCAUCAGUGUGGACAGCACGCCAAUUAGCCUGGAUCGGCUGAACGGCGGCAGCGGCAGCGCCAGUGGCAGCCUGGGCACCAUUUCGGCCAAGGUGCUGCACAAUGCGCUGGUGAAUGAGGGCAAGCGUGCGCCGCUUGCAUCGUUAAGUUCCUUUAAGAUUUCCUCGCUGGAAUGCCCAGACUCGGAGCUGCGCUCACUGGAAGAGGACUCGGUGUUCGGGCUGGAGGAGAGCGCCGCCGACACAGACGAUGAUAUGCAGCAGCUGAGCAGCGACAGUGAGGAGCACAAUCUGGCGCUGGCUGCAGCGCAGGCGACGCAACCGCUGCCACAGCCACAGGCACAGAUGGUGUUGCCCAUCAAGCGACUCAGCCUGAGCGCUGUGCCCAUGAUGGGCGCACGUCCCAGACGUCCGCUGCUGCAGCGUCAUCGCACCAUUAGCGCUUCCUCCAGUGAUCGGGCCGCCAUGGCGCCACCACUGGAAACGCAUUUCGGCGCUGUCAUCUACAGUCCGCCGCAGCGUCGGGCACAGCUGCUGCAGCAGCACAGCGAUCCGCAGACGACAACGACGACAACAACGACAACCACCACAACCACUGAGGAGGACACAUGCUCCACGCUGAACACUGAGCUGGGCAUAAUGGAUGCGGUGGGUGGUGCUUCCGGUUCGAGUCCCUCUGGCUGUGGCGGCGAAUCGGCGUCACAAACGCAAUACAGCAGCCUCAAUACGGUCAUCAGUGUGGGUCAUUCCACCAGUCCAAGUCCACAGAUGGACAAUAAUUAUGUGUGUUCCAGUGGCCAGUUCCAGGCCACAAAUCUACCGCUUGCCGCUAGCCAGGGAGCAGCAGUAACAGUUCCACAGCAACUAGCACAACUGCCAUCCAACAGUAGACUGGGCCACGAUCCGUGCGCCUCCUCCAUAUCGGAUUCAGUGAUAGCCACCAGUAGGCCGCAAAGUAUAUGCAUGCCCUCAACGCUUAAGGAGCUCAUUCUGCGCGGCGGCGCCGGCGGCGGCGGCGGGUCUAGCAAAAGUGCCCACAAUCUCAAUCAGCACAGCAACGAGACAACAGCGACGCCGGCUGUUAUGCUAGAGCUGCCGCUCAUCCGGCUGCCAACCGACGAAGAUGAUGACGAGGAGGAGGAGGACGAGUUGGGGGAGCAUGGGGCUGAUGGGCUAAGUGUGGAGGAGGAGCGUGAUCCCAGUCUGCCCGGCACCACCAGAAAGUGGUCAAAAGAGACGCUAUUCUAGCCCAGCUGGUGGCCGUUCCAUACAAGAGCUUAACAACUGACUUUUAGGGUAGUCACCCGCAGCUAGCAGGGUUGCCUAGCCAAGCGGACUACAAAACGCGUUUUGUUUGAGCUAGAGCCCAGCAUUGGGUUACAUCACUUGCAUAAAACUGGAAUACUCAAUCGAUUAAAUCGAUAACCGACAAACUCGAGCUUUUAAUUAUCGAUAAACGAUUCACUGAACCCGACGACAUCCAUUCGAACGAUGCUCGAACUGCCUGAUUCAGCAAACAUGUUCGACACGGUUUGAGUUGUGUCAACGUGCGACAAUCAGCUCGAACACAACCGAAAUAGUCGAGCUUGGAGCACGCUCGAUCAGCUGGAGCUGAUUUUUUUCGAUUGAACCGAAGUUUCGUGCAAGUACUCGCCCAACCAUAAUAAUUGUUCGACUAUCGAAACGCGAUGCAGGGCUCUAGUUCGGGUAUAGCGCAUAGAAAUAAAAAACAAAAACAAAUUCGUUUAGAAAAACCGAAAAAGAAAAUCAGAAGAACAACAACGUAUUCGUACUUAGAGACUGUUGUCUAUUAUUGUUAAUAGAACUCUAAAAUUUAAGUAGUGAUACUCGGAUUUAUUUUUCACACUAU